GGGAAAUGGUAGAUGGCUAUUGCAUGGUUGGCGGUUUGAUGACUAUUAGGUCACUGGGCUGGCUCAUUUUAAGUGGGGGAAUCUGGAAUCUAAAGAUUUAAAGUGCCAUGAAGGAACCGUGUCGCAUAUGUGCCCUUCGUCUGGUGGGAAGCCAGUGUCGCUGGAUCUUCAGCCCAUCAGCACAGAGGAAGCUACAAGUCAUCUUGUCCCAUGUGCUGGGCUGGGAGGUGACUCGUGACGGCCGCGGGGAGUUCCUCUGUGGGAAAUGUGCGUUCCAGCUGGAGAAGGUGGUACAGUGCGAUGUUACCAUCAGCCAGCUGCAGGAGGAGCACAAUGUUCAGAUCCAGAAGCUGCAGGCGGAUAAAGACCACCUGAUCCAGUGCAUCAUCCACGUCUACAACAAAAACAACCAGGCCUGUGAGAGGGAUGUGGAGAGCACCAGCUGCAAGCAGACCUCCAGCAUGGGCAGUCCCGAUGAUGAGGCUGGGUUUCCGUUGGCCUCUGAAGGACAGCCUUUCAGGGAACGAGGAAGUAUUCACAUGGAGAAUCGCAUGAGAAGGUGUGUGAGUCUGGAUAUAAUUGUCAGUAAAGGGGCAUUACAAGCGCGAUCAAGCCUCAAGAGCAGCAGGAUGGGAUCAGCGAUGGGGCUCGAUGGCUCUAUAAAGACCCUCGGUCCACGAGUCACACACCACCAAUCACAGAACACGUACAUUGACGUCGUCCAACGCAAAGGUACACUGCCCAGACCUGGUGUCAAAGAUCGCUCCAAAUCCCUGCAGUCCCUCAACUUCUCCUUAGACUCCCCUUCAGACCCUCCCCACAAACUGAAACCCAGAGACCGCAAGGCGUUUGCUACCAGACGUGGUGCCCCUGAUGACCCCAGAGGAAAGGUUCAAGUCAGAGCGCUACACCGCAGUUCCUCAAGUCAGCCUUCCGUGAUCUCUGACCUAAUUCAGAUUCUGCGCUGCAUCUCCAAGCAACACUUCUCUGCCCCUGCAGGGAGCCACAUCCCCGUCCUGAAGAGGUUCAAUACAGGCCCUCUUAAAACCAGAGCCAAUGGCAGACACCGAGAGGCAGACUGGAAGUCUCUUGAUGAUCUUACAGAGGAAUUUGAUGAUAAAUACACUCCUGUCAGAGUCAUAGAGAGUGAGGUUAGGCGAGUGGAGUCCUACAAUAAGCUCCUGACUGAAAAGCUCACCCAGGCAAAAAGCACCUAUGAUGACCUGAGUAAAACACUGGAGGAAACCCAGAACCAGAACAAGGUUUUGUUAGGGAAGCUGGAGGAGAAGGACAAUGAUCUGAACUCUGAGAAGAAAAAUGCUCUAAAGCGAGACAAAACCAUCCAGGGAUUUACUCAGGUUCUGAAAGAAAAGGAAAAAGAGAUUGCAGAGCUGUGUCAUGAGAUUGAGGACAGGGACGAUGCUCUGGCCAAGGCUAGAGAAGCAGCACAUAAAGCCCAACUGCAGAAAUACCAGGGAGUAGAAGAGCACCAAAAUCUGUUAAUGACGAAGCAAACGGAACUCGCCCAACUCCAGGGGGAGCACCAUGCCAAGGUGCUUGAAGCCCAAAAGCUGCAGCGGGGCCUGGACAGGAAGGAGCAAGAGCUGGCUGACCUGCAGCAGGUAAAGGACCAGCUAGAGUUGGAACUGGAGGACCUGCAACAGCAGAAGAAGAAGGGGGACAAGGCUCUGAAUGAUCUGAACAAUCAGCUCAAAAAGCUGAGCGGUGAGAUCGGAGACAGAGAGAGUGCUCUGGAGCAGCAGUACCAGGAGCUGCUGGAUCAAACCAAAAGAAAAGUGCAUUCCCAUGAGGUCACCAUCCAGCGGCUCACAUCCUCUCUGGCUGAUAAAGAGCAGCAGCUACAGGAGAACAUAAACAUGGUCAGAGAUUUUGAACAAAGCAAAAGUCCAGGAGGAAACGACAAUGUGCUUUCCAAGCUGCGGCAAAGGUUGAAAGAAAAGGAGAGGGCUCUGGAGCAAGUGCUGGAUGAGAAGUUUGCUGCCAUAGAGGAAAAAGACAAUUACAUACACCAGCUGCAGCUAUCUCUCAGGGAGAAGGAGAGAGACCUGGAAAGACUCAACAACUUGCUGUCUCACAACGAGGAGACAAUCAAUAGUUUUGACAGUCUGAUCAAGGAGAAGGAUGUGGAGCUGCAACACCUUGCAAACACACUGAAGAACCUGCAGAGAGCAAAGCAGGAUGUAGAAGACAACUUGAACAGAUCACUGAGAGAGAAGGACUCCAUCAUCACUCAGCUGCAGCUUUUUUUGGAGGGCAAGACAAAGGAUAUGGAUGAAAUGGCCGAAUCCAUGCUGAGCCAAUCGCAGAGUAAUGUUCGUGACCUUGCUGAACAGAUGGGCCAGAGGUUAAAGGUCACAGAGGCGAUGUUGGCUGAGGCUGUGAAGGCCAGGGAAAGACUGGUCGCUGACAAUGAGAGUGCUGUGGAAGGACUGUUGGCUACAAUCAGCAGCAAGGACCAGCUGCUCAAGGAGUCUGCAGAGCACUACAACCGCAUGCUGUCUGAGCGCACUCAGGAGAUCCAGGAGCUGAGGAGGCACCUCACUGACAUGCAGCAGAAGCUUGCCACUGCUGAGAAGCACAGCUCCAUAGCAGCCCAGGAGAGACAUUUAGACACGGCAGGGCUCAGAGCCAUGCUCGCUGAGAAAGACAGCCUCAUCAGCAAGCUUCUACAGCGUGGUCAGGAGAUGGAUCAGUUUGUGGUAGAUUUGAGACAGAAGGAGGGGUCGGAACAUUUGCUGGAGCUCAGACAAACGAUCCAAAUCAUGCAGGAGAAGAUGGAUGAAAGGGAAGCUGAGCUGUCCAGGAGGAACAGUGAGGAUAAUAUGGAAAACAUUCUGCUCUCCAAGAACACAGUGGUGGUCCUGAAGAAGGAGCUGGCACAGAAAACUGAGGCACUGAAUAAAGCACUGAAGAGGGAGAACAAACUGAAGAUUUCUUUGGCAGAGCUAGAGUCAUCGCUGUCUGAGCUGGAGGGUCGUUAUGAAGGUCAGGCUGCUAAUGUCGAGUCCCUGACUUCAACUCUGAAGACCAAAGAUGAGAUUAUUGAUGCUCUCCACCAGCGCCUCGGGCAAAGAAGGGGCAAUCGGGCUAAUCAGACCCAGGAUCAGAUCGUUGGCUUGAGCAUGGAGAGAUCACUGCCUGGACUCCCUCAGAGAGAGAAGACCAUAAUUGGAGGAGAUAGCCAGCAAGAAGCAUUGCCUAGCCUUACAGCCUUGCAACAGGAGCAUGACUCUCUGAACAAAGCGCUGAGAGCUGAGCAGCAGCUCUACUCCAGCCUCGUCAAGACUGUAAAGGAGCAGGACAGCGCUCAGCGUCUCCAUGCUCUGCAGCUGGAGCUGACAGCAGUGCAGCUCCUCAGGCAGCAGCUGGAGGAGGGCAUCAAAACUAAUGAGGAGCUCGGGGACGAUCUGGAGAGGGAGAUACAGAGAGCCAAACUCAGAGAAGGUAUGGACUUGAUUGAUCCUAAUGAGCUGGAGAGCAUGAGACAUCAGCUUGAAGAUACUCAGCGCUGGAACGCCUCUCUGCAGGCUCGCCUAGGAGCCAUUCAGAACCGUGGAGGAGGGGUCGGAGGGGCCAAUGAUGGUGGGGAAACUUUGAGCUUCAUUGGAGAUCAGACUUCCUACAUGAGCAUCUGUGUGGGAGAGGAGCAUGAGGACAGCUUGUCUCAGCUCUCUGCACAAGAGCUCAAGCAGAAGGUGAUGGAGCUGCAGGAUUCAAGCAGCAGACUUCAGACUUUAAACAACGAGCUGCAGAACCGACUGUCAUUAUUGGAGAAGUCAGGCCAAGACGCCAAGGAAGACAAAGACGUGGCCAGCAGCAGCCCAUUGAAACAGCAGCCUGAGAAGACGCAUGAGAUGCAGCCUGAAGCUCGCAGUGACAGGACGCAUCUCUCCGGUCAGGAUCAACAGAGUCAGACAGACAUCAAAGUAGGACAGAUGUUGUCUGGAAAGCUGUUGGGAGAUAUUAGUCUAGACAGUGGCCUUGGCCAGAGUAGAGAGCAUGCUCAGUCUGGCAUCUCCACUUUGGACACUGAAGAGAGACACUGCAGGCAGAGUAACAUCGAUGUGACAGCACUUAAAUCCUUGCUGACUCAUUGUGGGGCUGCAUCAGUCUCACACCUCAGAGAGGAGCUGCUCAGACUUCGAUCAGAAAAUACAGAGCUGCGGGGUCUCCUUAAGGAACAGAAAUCUACCGAGAGUAAAGAGAAAGCGUGUACGGACGCCUCAGGGAACAGCAGUGACGGACAGGCUGAAUUGAGAAGGAGUCUGGAGAAUCUGCAUGCCGAGUCAGAAGGUCACCCUAAGGUCAUCAAUCUGUCAAAGGAGGAAGGAGGGAAGAAGUCCAACGAGGUGUCAGACAGGGAGACCCCUCUCACCCCUGAGCUAAUUGUCAGCAGCAGUGAGGGGAUGGAGAGUUCCCAAACUGAAGGCCAGACAUCUCACAGCAGGAGUGCAAAGCAUCAUGUUGCACGGCAUGUGGGAGGUGUCAAGUCUCGCCUGCCGGUCCCUGUGAGGCUGAGGGGGGAGGCUAGCAGCAGGCAGUCUGUGAGCUCUGACCAGCCUAAAAGUGAUUCACUUGAGCACCUUCAGUUGGAUGGUGUUAAUGCAUUUGACCAGCAACUGCAUGCAGAGUCUGACGCCCCCAUAUCACCCCAGCAAAGCAUUUCCCCUUCUUCCACGCUCGGAUACAAACAUCAUACCGGCAGUCCAGUGGGAUCAGACAAAGGCUCUGAAACAGGAGCGACACUGGAUCAUUCCAAGGCUGACACUGCUCUUUUCUCUCAGCUGGAGCUUCUAAACCAGGAAUGUCAAGAGAAAGAGACACUGAUCAACAAGCUAAGUGAGCAGCUAACGGAUUGGGAGGAGCUCCGCGCUCAGAUCCAGGAAAAGGACAGACUCAAUCGCCAGUACGUGGAGGCCUUACAGGCUGCAGAAUCCACCAUCUCCUACCUGACUGCCUGCAGUCUGGACAGCCAGGGAGGAUUUGGGUUGCACAACAGUCCUGCAAGUUCCGAUUCUACCCUUUACAGCAGAUGCAUUGAGCUGCAAAAAGCCCUGCAGGAGAAGGAGGAGCUCAACAAGCAGCUCAUAGAGCUGCUGAACAUGGCAGAGAAAGCCAUCAGCUCCACUGAUGGACAAGAACAGAUUCCAGAUAUCAGCGAUUUAUGUCUGAAAAUAGAGACAGCUUUGCAGCAGGGGAACACAUCUUCAAAUAGACCUAGCCUAAGAGGUGUUACUGGAGGCACCAAGGAAUCUAUGCAGGAGUUGCAACAACAAACAGACUCUUUGCAGAAGGCCCUGUGGCAGCAGAAUAGGCUUAAUGCUGAGCUGCAGGAAAAACUGAGAGCUGCAGAGGCGGCUGCUCAGCAUAGAUACAACAAUGACCAGGAUGGUAAAUGUCCAAGGCAGACAGCAACAGAACCUCUUCAGGAACAGCGGACAAGGGGUUCAGAUGUCAGUUUAGAUCAGGAGAUGACCAGGGUCCUGAUGAACUGCCUGAGUGCAGCAGAGGCUGCUGUUGCCUCUCUGGCAGCACACUGUACAAACAGCAGCUCCCUGUCUUCUGGUAGAUCAUCACAGACCAGCCCUGAACUGCAGAUUAAUUUAGACAAACUUCAGAGAGCACUGCGGGAGAGGAAGGAACUGGGAGAACCCAACCAGCUCUGUGUUAAUCAGUCCUCUGCUUCACCUGGAAAAAAGGGACAGCUCCACCCAGAGCUCCAUAGCAACCUCUGCCACCUCUAUGAGGUGUUCUGUGAUCACUGUCGGAGAAUCUCUGAACUGCAGGCCUCCAUAAAAGCAGAGAGAAGCCGUAAAGAGGACAGUGACGUCCACAGGAUGCUGUCGGACGCCAACAGUUUACCACCCAGUGUUCAAGUGCAGCUGGAGACUCUGCAUAAGGCGCUGAGGGAGAAGAAGAAGGCGUGCAAAAGCCUGGAGGAGAAACUGGCAACUGCUCUUACCCCCCCGGAAACUGCACGGAGAGCUCUGGAGCAGGAUGACAAAGGCGUGCAGGUGGAUUUGCAGGACCUGGGUUACGAAACCAGUGGCAAGAGUGAGAACGAUAGGGAAGAGAGCAGUAGCACAGAUCUAGAGGUUGGCGUACACCCCAGUUGCAGCGCCUCCAACCUGCCCUCCCCACACGAUCAGGCCACGUUUUCCUCCACUGAGAACCUGGACUCCACCUCCAGCACCCCGUACCCGAGUUCCCCCGCUCUCAGCUCUGCCAAGUUCAGUCUGAAGAGCCUGCAGGCCUAUGAUGACUACGGUGUUUCUAAGGACCCUCUGCAGCUCCAGGCACAAGUCAGAGAGCUAAAGUUCCAGCUGGAAAACCAGACCAAACUCAUCCUGCAAAUGCAAAGUCUUCUGCGUAGGAACUCUCUCUCCAGUGACCUAGUUCCCAGCCCCCCUGAUCCCUUGACCAACAGGGAUCAAGCAGGGAUACACAGAGAGGACAAGAGCCAACAUAUGGGCUACAGAAGUGGCCAGCUACGGGAGAAAAAGGAGGGUGAGAACCAGGCGAUGAAGGAUGAAACCACCCUUCUGAACACGGGACUGGACCGAGAGAGGACUCUGAACAGAAGCACCAAUGAACAGCAGCAGCAGUCCCGCAGCCGCUCCACCUCACCUGCAAGACUGGACUCCCUGGUGCAGUCGCAGGCCAGGGAGCUGUCCCAGCUGAGGCAGCAGAUUAAGGAGAGCCGCAGGCUGGGAGCCCUGCAGCGCCAGCAGCUGGACGAGCUGAGCAGGGCCUUCAAAGAGCUGCUGCAGGCCAGCGAGGUGGACUUCUACAAGGGGGAGGCGGUCAAAGAGCAGCUGGAGAAGAGCUUGAGCAUCCUGGACAGGCUGGAGGGACGACUGGACAAAGGAGAGUCUCAUCUGGAUAACGAGGACUUGGCGGCCCUUGAACUGUCUCGCAGGUUAGCGAAAGAGCUGCAGGACAAGAACCGUCAGAUCCAGAGUCUGCAGAGCCAGGUCAGAGGUCAAAGUCCCAGCAGCCACCACGGCUCUCAUUCUGACCUGUACCACUCAGACAGAACCUCCUCCUGCCACAGCAGCCCAACUACACUCAGUGGCAGUCGAGCCCAAAGCUUGAGGCAGCUCUCUGAUUGGACAGGAGCAGCUGUUGUAGGCGGAGCUCAGGAGGACGCUGUCAGCAGGCUGCAGGGCUUCCACAGGGAGAAUGUGCGACUGCAGAAUCAGCUGAGGGGCAGCGAGGAUCUCAACGCCACGCUGCGUAGCGAGCUGGAUAUACAUCGCUCCAUAAUGGCCAAGAGCAGCUCCCACCCCCAGGAACCGGAUCACAGCCGGGAGCAGGACGGGUCUGGACCGCAGGCGGAGACUCAUAAACCAGAAGAAGACAUGGGCUCACAGAGGGCCGCUGCUGAUCAGCCCUGCACCAUGAACUCAGACCUGCUGGCAGAACAUCUUCUGGAGAUCCGUGCACUGCGGCAGCGUCUAGAGGAGAGCAUCCGCACCAACGACCGCCUCAGGGAGCAGCUGGAGAAGAGACUGGCAGAGGUGGAGAAAGACCCAGCAGCCACCAACAUCUUCAUCCACGGCAACGAAGAGCAGGGUCAGCUUGCCAAUGAGGUGCGCUUCCUCUGGGGACAAAACCAAACCCUGAAAGAUCAGCUCAGCCUGGGGUCCCGAGACAAGCAGAAGGAGAAUGAGAAGCUUCGGGAGACUCUGGCCAGGCGGACGGCCAAACUGGAGCAGAGCAGGAGGGAGUGUGAAGCUCUCAGGCAGGAGAACAGCCGCCUGCAGGAGAGGCUGGAGCUCAGCAGCCAGGAAAUCUCCCAGCUGCAGGAGUCCCUGCACUACAGCAAGGAGGAGCUGCACAGGUUUCAGUGUGAAGUGAAGCUCCAGAGGCAGCAACUGUCUGACUCCCAGCACCUCCUUCAGUCCCUACGAGUGGAGCUGCAAGUUUACGAAAAGAUCAAGACUGAAGCUCAUGAACACAACGCUGAAUCCAGCGAGGCGCCCCAGGAGCCGGCCCCCUUCCCCUCCUCCGGCUCGGUGGACCUGAGCGAGCUGCUGCAGGAGAUCAGACACCUGCGUCUGCAGCUGGAGAGGAGCAUCCAGACCAACACCGCCCUGAGACAGAGACUGGAGGAGCAGCUGCUCCGAGGACCCAACCGCUCUGAAACCAUCAACAUCAACUACCUGCUGUCCUCCCCAGAUGAAGGCGGCAGGUCACCAGGUCGGGAAGGCUGCGAUCCUCUCCGUCACUCUUUUCAGAGUCACAACGAACACGCCAGUGCCCUCCAUGAAGAGAAACACCGCUCUCACUCGGAGGUGGAGGGGGGAUCGUUCAGCAGCAGCUCUGGGGAGAGUGCUACCGGCGCUCCCUCUCGCCUGGUGCCCGGCCACCGCAUGUGGGCCAAUCGUAACGGGCGGCAUAUUCUGGGUCUUAUUGAGGACUACAACGCCCUCCGUAAGCAGAUCUCAGAGGGGCGGAAGCUGUCGCGCAGCAUGAACGCACAACUGCAGGAGAGCCUGCACACACUCAACCAGCAGGACAACAAGGCGGCAGAACAGCAGCAUCUGAAGAGUUUCUGGGGCAGUGUGAACACCAUGCAGCAUGUGAUGGAGGAGGCUGGGCGGAUGCUCAAACUGGUGUGGAGAGUCUCUUUGCCAGCAGGGAGCACAGCAGGAGAGGGCGGCAACAACCAGCAGCAGGACGAGCUGCUGAAGAAUGAGAUCGCCAGACUGAAGAGCAGGCUGUCUCAGCAGGAAAGGAUGCUGAGCGGAGCGGUGAAACGCCUCCGGACCACCAACCAGCUCAAAGAGGGGAUGGAAAGAGUCAUCAUCGAUCAGUUGUAUCUAACCCACGGAGUGUUGAAGAAAGCCAGAGGAAAUCUAGAGACAAAUUACUGCUCCCUAAUUGGCCUGAAAGGCCUGUCUGGAGGACCAGACGGAGGAGGUCCCAGUCAAUGGCCAGUAGGGGGAGCUGCAGGCCGACACUCUGAGUCCUCAGAGGAGCACAGCAUUGACGCCUCGGUGCACUGCAGCUACUGAGUCUGCUUUCCCUGAUGCAGCUACUGUCCUGCCUCUGUCCUGCUGUCACCUUACACUCCCUAUAGCAAAGCCUUUUUGUACUUUACUUGCACAUAUGAUUGCCCUAUAAUUAGAUUUAUUUUAGGUACUGAAGUUGUAAAAUGUUCUUUUAAAAGAGGUAUCACCUUUGUAAAUAGUAAUCCCUGAAAGUGUAUUUUAUUACUGACUUAUCGUUUUUACCUUUUCUGUGUCUAUCGGUCAGUGUGUAUAGGAUGGUUCAAAACUACCGUGUGUUCAUGGAAUUAUGUGCAAAUGCAGUAAAGAGAAGAAUUGAAUGAUGAAA